GAAAGCCAGUCUUUUCAAUGCAAACUUCAACUCCUCCUCCUCCCUCUAAUGCCUGUAACUCACAGCCAAGGCUGGGCGAGGAAUACGGAGGAGAGAUUUUCCUCAUGCUCACGGUGCCUGGAGACUGGAAGGAAGAGUGUAAGGAAGGAGGAAGGAAAUUUGUGGCGCUUUCUACCUACUACGAGACUGACAAGGGGAGGGGGCAUCUUCUCUUCGUGAUUAAGAACUGCAGUUUCAGUCCGAUCCCACGGAGCUCUGGUGAUUGCUUAUUUUUUUAAAAAAAAUUGACCGCGGGAGAACGAAGGCUCAGUCUUUGGCGGCCAGACCAAUCUAGGAGGUGGUAUUGGUGUAUGAGUGUGUAUGGUGGUGUUUUUUUUUUUUCUUUCUUUCUUUUUUCCUUUCUUCCUUUUUUUUCCUCCCCCCCCCCCCCCUUUUUUUCCCUUCUCUCCUAGGGGCUACACAAUGGCAGUCUUCUCUCGCUAAGAUGAAUCCGGUUUGCCUUCUGCAGAUCCGCCCAUCCUCAGUUCCAUUGAGUAAAAGGCUAUGAUUUUCUCUUUGGGGAUCUUUUGUGCAUUCCUGUUCUUCCUGAUUAGUUCUGGUCUCGGUUGGGAUUUCUUUGCUUCUUUUGGUUUGGCUUCAUGUGAAAAAGGAUUUUUUCUCUCCAACCCUUUGGUCAUGAUCCAGUGGUGAUCAAGAGGGGAUAAAUCAUUCACCCUGGCCGAGAAAAAACAAUCGCUGAGAAGUCUCAAAGAGAUAUACCACGUGAGGGGAAAAAACUGGGAGAAGAUUCGGAAUAUUAACGUUUUUCCUAUGGUAAAACCGGUGCCCCUCUUCAGGAGAACUGAUUUCAAGUUAUUAUUAUGCAACCACAAGGGCCUCUUCUUUCUCAGGGUGUCUAAGCUGCUGGGUUGCUUUUCGCCCAAAUCAAUGUGGUUUCUUUGGAACAUUUUCAGCAAAGGAACGCAUAUGCUGCAGUGUCUUUGUGGCAAGAGUCUUAAGAAAAACAAGAACCCAACUGAUCCCCAGCUCAAGGGCAUAGUGACCAGGUUAUAUUGCAGGCAAGGCUACUACUUGCAGAUGCACCCCGAUGGAGCUCUCGAUGGAACCAAGGAUGACAGCACCAAUUCCACUCUGUUCAACCUCAUCCCUGUGGGACUGCGUGUCGUUGCCAUCCAGGGAGUGAAGACAGGGUUGUACAUAGCCAUGAAUGGAGAAGGUUACCUCUACCCAUCAGAACUUUUUACCCCUGAAUGCAAGUUUAAAGAGUCUGUUUUUGAAAACUAUUAUGUAAUCUACUCAUCCAUGCUGUACAGGCAACAGGAGUCUGGCAGAGCCUGGUUUUUGGGAUUAAAUAAGGAAGGGCAAGUUAUGAAAGGGAACAGAGUAAAGAAAACCAAACCAGCAGCUCAUUUUCUACCCAAGCCAUUGGAAGUUGCCAUGUACCGAGAACCAUCUUUGCAUGAUGUUGGAGAAACGGUUCCGAAAGCUGGGGUGACGCCAAGCAAAAGUACAAGUGCAUCUGCAAUAAUGAAUGGAGGCAAACCAGUCAACAAGUGCAAGACCACAUAGCCAGAUCCUCAGGUGUCCUGACUUACUUGUCCAGAGCACAGUGGAGAGAUUUAUCCUUACUAGACAUUCCUGCUCCUGUUGUUGAAGAGCCCCAGCAAGCAAGCUGAUGCUUGUUCUAUGCUCUCUCAGACCUCCUUCAUUGCAAGUGGAUAAAUCUCAACCUGUGAUCCCCCCACACCAAGAAGACACCUGGACAAACCAGCUAAACUCAGACCAUGGAAUGCCCUACCAGAUAUGGAAUGCCUUUUUAAUAUCUUUUCUGUGACUGUGACACUUCAUGUGAAUGACAUACUUCACAAGUACACUCAAUACCUUGCCUGCUGACAGCUACCCAUAAUCCUUUUUAAGUCCUGUUUCAGCGAAAUCCAUGUGUUUAAGUUCAAUUUUUGUAGCACACAAAUAAUAUUGAGUAAUUUCUAGUUAGAUGCUGUAAACCUGUGCUAUCAUGGAUUUCUAUUCUUCCCAUUUUUACAGGGCUGCUCGCUCCACUGUCUGUGACCUUUAGCAGGAUUGUGUUCCUCUGAAUCUUCAGUGUUGCAGUUGGUUUAGUUUGGAGAACAAUCAGGGAAUCAGGAAGCCUUCUAAACCUAUUAAUACAAAUUGUAUCUAUAAAGAUUAAGGUUGUCUUUGGCUCACAUUACCGAUUAAACACACAUAUAUGCUCUGUCCAGUAGGAGACACUAUGCUCCCAAGGUGGACAUGCCUGGGUGGAGCAAGGGUCAAACACAAUCCAUGGGAAGCUCUCUAUGACAGGUGUUUGGCAUCCCCUCUAAGUUUCUUUCUGUGUGUAUGUGUGUGUGUGUUUUAUACAUAUCACAAGCUUACUGGUAAUGGUAACAUUUGCCUUGCCCAGCGAGCAAGACCCACUUGGUUUUUGAGAAAGUGGGUCCAAAGUAUUUUGUAGGCCUUGUAGGCCUGAUUAAGGUUCAUUUUUUUCAUCUACUAAUCCUGGUUAUUGGGAAAAAGGAAAAAUAAAAAAAACAAAUCAUCACAACCUAUAAGAAAUAUGCUACCUAAAUUCAUUUCUGACCCACUCCUUCCUGUUUUUAAUGAAGAUAACUCAAUGCCGCCCCUGAUUUGGGCUGCAUUCCAGUUAUCCUCAGCAGAGCAUGGGCAAGGCGGCUGUUGUGUUCUUUCUGCAGCAGCAAUGCACACGUUAGUAUAAAUUAGACUUUAAUAUUUUUGGUGUUUAAUGACAAGUUUUUAAACUGGACAUACUAAGGAAAAUUCCUUUUUUUUCCAGCUUAGCAUGCUGGGUCUGGUACUGUGUGUCACCAGUAUACACCUCUAACUCAGCUCUGUGGGGUCCAAGAGGCUGGGUUUGAGGUGACUUGCCAAGAUAUCAGAAUGUGGUCUGUUGAGUACCAUAGAUAAAGCUAAAGACAAACCAACACACUCCAGCAUUGGGGUUCGGGCCAUUAAUUUAUUUGAUUUUGUUUUCUUUUGCUUUUGUAAUUUCAUUUUGAAUUGAAUUUUGUUGAACUCCAAGUUUAGGGGUACUAAGAAAGGCUGUGACACAGUUUGAAGACUCCAUACAAAACAUUCAAUAUCGGAUAUAAAGAGCUUCAAAAUGUUUAAUACUGAACUGUUUGAAAGUAUAUUUGUUAACUGUGUGUACACAAUAAAAUUCUAUGUUUUCUUCUCAGCAAAGCUCAUUGAGACCAAAUUGAACCUCUUUCAUAGAAAACAAUCUAUGUGGUAUCAAUGUACUGGCCUCUUGUUAUUAUUUCCAUGUGGCAGAAUGAUCUAGAUGCCAUUUGCCCCCAUCUGCACUGUGCUUACUGGGAAAUUAUUUUCUCACUGAUUUCAUGAAUCUCCAUGACAGCCCUUGCCCAACAUAGAAAAAUUUUGGCCUGCUUAGCUGAUUAAAGAUUCAGUAUAAAAUUAACUGUUUAUGCUUAUUUCAUUUUCAUAUUGGAUUCCAUUUUAGUAAAUAACCAUUAGCAUAAUGUUUGAGUAGAUUUAUUGUCAAUAAUGCUAAAUUGCAAAUACAAAAAAUGACUCCUUUGACCACCACUGAUUUGGUGUUGGGCAUAAUUAGACAAAACCCAUUAACUGAUUAUUUAGGGAAGACUUACAUACCAUAAUAUGUGGUAAAAUGUGAAUAACUUGUAAUUCCUAUUAGUUGGCCUUAUAGACACAGGUUAUACUCAUCCACAUGUACACACACGCUAAACUAGCCUACUUUUCUGUUUUUGGUAAUCAACAUUACUUGAGAUUUCUGUUCUCAAGACCUGGCUAGUGCUUAAAAUUAAGGCAAGAUUUAUUUUUGUAAACGAUUGAAAUUUACGUUAUUGCUUCCCUCUGUUUUGUUUUCCAAGAGUUGUCAGUUGUCUAUGACAGAAUGUAUUAUUGUAAGUAGGUAUCCAAGUGGCUUCUUAUAAUAUAUGUUUAGAUAUAUCACAGAGGGGUCCUUGUUAUAUUCAUGAUUUAGUUAGGCCAUUUCCUUUGUGUCUGGUCUCACUUGUUGCAUGGGAAGAGGAAAGCAUCAAAUGAACUGCAUGUACUAGGACCCAUGUAUCCAGAAACACUGAUAUGUAUUUUUUGAUUUACAUACAGAGAGCUUGUCUGUAUUGUACAAUUUGUGUUUCUUACCAUUUGUUGUAUUUACAGAUACAACAUAUCAAAUAAAAUACUCAUAUGAAAGCAUAUGGAAACCAUCAAAUAACUUUAUGUAACAAAAUGGCAUUGUAUCACCCCAAAUAUAGAGUACUCUCUGUAAAUAAGAUGAUAAACUCAGUUUUCCCCUUACCAUGCCAAAGAAAAUUUUAGCUCUUUGAUGAUACCUCUCUUGCUAAUUUUUUGGAAUAAGAUCAUCAUUCCUUCCCUCAGAAAUUAAGUUUGCUAUUAUUAAAUACAGUCUGUCAUCACUGAUGUUCUGUAUAGUAAAUCUGAUGGAACACAUUUGUAUUUAUAGACUGUGUGUUUUAUAUCUCCCUGUAUGUAUAUCCAUUGUAUCACGUCUUUAGAAAACCCAUUCCUUCUGCAUGCAUAUCUGGUGGGGGAGAGAUAGUUUUACCACCUUGUGAUGGUAGCUGAUUGCUUUGCCUAUCCAUCAACCAUGCUCAUUAAUAUUAGUCCUUUACAUAACUCAAGUGACACAAUUUUUGUUUCCAAUAGGUUUACUUCCUGAAAUUUCUUACUAUUUUCCCAGGAAAUAAUUAUGGAAGACACUCAAACAGUCUGUCCUGUGUGAAGAGUAACAGGGAAUUGGGUACACUUUCUUGAUGUAUUUUGGAGAAUUUGGAACCUUGUUUUAAUUGUUUGCUUGUCCUGAGUGCUUUGGGGGUGAGGACUAGCUCCAUAAAGGAUCCCACGACUUUUGCUCUAGUCUUUCUACUUAUUGACUUUCUAGCAAGUAAGCAGAAUGUAUCAUACAUAACCACUUAAUUAAUUAUUAAACUACUAAACCAUCUUUUUUUCUAUCUAGAGUGACCAAUAUCAGAUUUGGUAUUUUAAGCAAAAACUAAAACAACAAAAAUUCCUUUGUUGCUCCCUAAACUGAAUAUGUAUUAUUUUGUUAAAAAUUUCUUCCAAAUAUUUCAAGGAUAAUAGAUGUUUGAUAUCCCUCAAAGAAGGAGUGUGAGACUAGAGUGGUCAAGUUUCAAUUUAGAAUAAACUUAAAAUAGUGAGAAAUUACUUUAAUUUUAUUUUAGGAAACAGCUAUACCAUAGGGAAACAAUUAGGCUAAAUGCCCAAUUAUUCUCUGAAUUAUAAACUUAGUCAAAUACAGAAUGUAAAUUGUGUUGUUCUAAAAUAAAGGACAUAGGUAGUUAAGGGUUAGGCUUAAAAUGUGACACACAGUGCUAUGUGAGUAUCUAGAAUACUGUGUUGGUUUCAAAGUUGUGACAGUUGAGUUUGCAAAUUAAGACUGUUGUAUUUUUGUUUCCCUUUGUGGUUCUCAUUCAGUCUAAUUUUGAUAUCUACGGGUGAGGUUGAGUUUGUACUUGAGCUGAUAGAGGUAAGUCAUUCUUUCCCUGGUGCUGCUGGAAUCCAGAUGAACUCAGGAUUCCUUAAAGGCAGUAGGAACAAUGGUUCUCUUCAUAUCUUGAGGACUUUUGUUGACUUUUAUAACUCCCCUGGAGGGAUCUUCAAUCAUGGUUUGUUAAACAAGUAGGAUGAGGAUCAUCACCACUGGUGAACUUAAUGCCAACCAUUCAAUUAUCAUGGGUCCCAGUGUAAUUUUUGAAAGCUACAAGCAAGCCAAAGAGAUUUGCUUAUUUUCUCUUAUUCAUUACAAAUUUGUCCUUGCUCAGCACUUUCAAUGAGGUAGUUUCUAUUUUGGAGUCAAAGUAUAGAGUCGUAUUUAGGUAGGAAAUAGAUUAUGUCUUUGCCUGUCACUAUUUUUUUAUUUUUCUUUUUAAACAAAAGUAUGUGGAAUUUUCACACACAUAUUUAUAUACUGAUGUUGGCAUGACAAGAGCCAAACACAGCCAGCCAGCCAGCCAGCCAGCCAGCCACACACACACACACACACACACACACACACACACACACACACACACACACACAUAAAUCGAUUGAAGCUUUUUUAAAAGUCUGUUUUCCAAGAAAAAAAAUCUGACUAGAGACAUACACUACAUUUUCUUUUCAUAGUCUGUAACAAGGCACUCCAGAACAUGGUGAACUACAACAUAUUUUCAUGUUGUCCAAAAUUUAAGACAGAUCACAUUUUGAUCUCCAUGGAAUAAUCAUUUCUCCAAUGUCAUAACUCUAUUCUGAGAAAACUUAUAUACUAAGAAUAUUUCAACACUUUUUCUUGUAAAGAUAUAAGAAAAGCAACACAUUCUUUUGUAGAUACUACUGAUAGAAAUGAUAAAAACUAAAGCGAGAAUCAUAAUAAUUAAAAAAGACACACCUGAGGGAAUGAAAGGGAACUGAAGGUUCCAGGGGAGAAAAGUCUGGCAAAUUACCACACCGUUAUGAUUAAAGCCAGCCCACAACCUCUUUAUGUAUGGCCUGAGAGCUCAGGAUGGACUUUAAUUUAUUUAUUACAAUUUUAAAAUAUUAAACAAUUAAAGAAGAAAAUUCUACAGUAGUUUGUCUAAUACACAUUGUUCACACCUUUAUAUAGAAGGCUGAGUCCUGCAGUAGGGAAAUAUGAAGGUCAUUGUACUAUGAUGGGAAGGUCACUGACUCUCAAUGUUUGGAUAUCACCAAACAUAUUAUCAGAACUGCUACUGAAUUAUUAUAAUUGCUUUGUUUCUGGCUUAAGAUGUAUAUGGAGAAGAGAAAAAUACAGAGAAGAGGAAAGAAAGCUAUCAUCAAUACUAUACCUUAACUCCUUAUAUUGCCCUCAUUUUAUAAAACUGAUGUUAAUUGCCAGCUCAGUAAUAGAAAUACAACCUAUAUGGCUGGGUCCCCUAAUCUCAGGAUAGAGGCAACAAUUUUAUAAAUAGGUUAAAUUCUCAGAACCUUAUUGUUACUAUAAAACCAGCACCAGUGAAAUUGACUCUUCAAAUACUUUUCAGUAUUUAGUUUUUUUAAGUAAUACAGUGGAGGCAUGUUUUCUUUACUUUUGGUGACUUGACUGAUAAAGUCCAAGCCAUGACUUUAAAAUAUUUACAUUAUUAAUAUAAAAUUUGCAAGUAAAAAUUUCAUCUUAAAACAAUACAGAAAUGAUUUUGCUAUGUUAUUUUAGGAUUUUACAAAUAAUUCACAUUUAGGAAAAAGGUAUUUUUUUAGCUAUAAAUAAUGGUUGCUUCAACUAUGUGUAUAAGUAGAUCUAACUGUAUAUAUGCAAGGAAACCCCAAAUAUUGUACAUUUUCAUAAUUUAAUGUGAGUUUCAUAAACAGCAAAAUUUCACCAAGAAAAUAAACAUUUUGUUCCUAUCACUGAGUGAAUAUUUGUAAUUUUGAUUUAAGUUAUUUCUAUAUUUUGGGGUCCACUUCUGAGCUUCUGAAAUAGGUGUCAUUCUUGUUGACCCUACCAUUUCUUUGAAAAAACAUCUUUUAAGAGUGAUGAGUGCAGUAUGAGGAUCCUUGUGUUUCCAACUAGACACUAUCUUCUUCAGAGGACACAUUACAUGAACUGAUUUAAAUAAAAAGUCAGAUUUCUUGUACAUGUAACCCAUGCCUAGUCUUAUAAACGUGGUCUGUCAGUUCUUGUGAUCUAAAGUGGGUAUUCCAAUUCAUUUUUUCUGUUGUAUUUGUUUUCAGUGGUUAGAUAGAUAUUGACACAGAAUAUAAAGAACUUAUGUCACUAUUUAUUAAAUUGUCAAAUUGUACAUUUUUCAUUUCUUCCUGUAAGAGAUCCUUGUGAACUUAAAGCCCUUUUGAUCUGGUAAACCCACGCCCAUCACCACAUGUCAUAUGUGUCUAUCAUCAUUGUCCCAAUAUGCAAAUUCAGAUUCAUAUGCAAUCCUGGAAAAAUCCAACUGAUCAGUUUAUGUGAGAAUAAAUAUCAUCCUUAUAUUCUGAUACAGUGUUUCUGGUGUCGGAAUGUGGAGUCCUAAAUACCAUGUGAUUUAGCAUUUUUUCUACUACAUAUUGGCAAACAUUGGAUGUCAGAAAAUACUUUGCUGUGAGGGCCCUUCAAUGUUCUAUAGGGUGUUCAGCAUUGUCUGUGACCACUACCUCUAAAAUGUCCAUAGCACAAGCACCCUAACCAGUGUGACAGUGAAAUUCUCUGUAGACAUUGCCAAAUGUCUUGUGGGUGCAAAAUUGCCCUCCUUGAUUGUAAAACACUGAUGUUAAUUAUGGGAAAACAAUUCUGUGUGGUGUAAUUUACAUCAGUUUGCUGAAGUCAUUUCUAAUGAAGACCCAUGUUUCACUCAGGCAGUCAGAAAUAGAAAAACACACAAGAGUCUGUCCUAGUACUGUCUACACAUGCAUUCCUCUAAACUUCUAAAAUGGCCUAGAAAUGUGAAUCCAGUUGUCGCCCAUGGAAUCAUUAAGGAUAUUCAGUGCCAAGCCAGAUUUCACAUGCAUUUCCGUUCCAUCCAUCCCAGCAUUCACAGCUUCCACAGCUACAGAUUCCAUUCCCUGCAAUAAAAUAAACAUGGGAAUUGUAGUUAUGAUCAGAAAGUACUACUAGAAUAUGUGACUGUGAAUCAUAAUUGUUAAUGAGAAAACCAUUCCAUUUAUCCUCUCUAGAGUGUCUUAUAAUAAAAUGAUGUUAUUAUGUUAUUAAAUACCUGAGAGAAAUCCACGUUUAAGAUAAUUAACAUCUCUUUGAUUCCACAAUCUAUUAACAAACAGUACCCACCUUGUAUCAGUCAGCUGGACUCUCAUAUCACAAUUCUAUUUUCUGUUAGUGGGAAAAACCAUGUCUGACUUACAAAUAAGCAUUGAAAUGCAUAAAGCCACUUGAUAGGAAAUUAGGCAGGCCAGAGAGCUGGAAAAAAAUAUCCUUGUGUGGUAAGGUGAACAGAAAAAGUGAUUUUCUGAUUUAAUGUCAUGUCAAAAUAGUUAUCUUUAACCUUAUUAAAAUGUUUGAUUACAAAAAUAUUUUGAGUUACUGAGAAAGAAUUUUAUUAAUGGUAUAUUGAAUCAGCUAGAACUCUAUGAAGUGUGAGUACAUUUUAUAAUUAAAACAAUACCUUCAGGAGAACACAUACACAUGUUAUUAUUUGACUUGGUUCAGUUUUUUUAUACCUAAUUAUUAUAACUCAAUUAAUUAAGUUUGUGAUGGCCAUCACACAGUCAAACCUUUUGUAUAUGCUUUUGCUAUUGUUCACACCACACACAUAUCUAUACAUAUACACAGCUCCCUAAAAACAGCCAAUAUACCAACUUGUGGCAUCUGAGUGCUGCUUAAAACAACAGCCUUCCCCUGGAACAUGUUAAAAUUAAAUUAUUUUUAAGAGAAUUCUGCAUUUGUAUAAUUGCCCUUGUACAAAUUCAUAGAGCAGAUUAUCUUGUAGAAGUUUCCAAACAAUCAUAUAAUCUGGCUGCAUCCUUUCGCAUUCUUCUAGGGAAAACGCUAGUGAGUAUUACAGGUAAUCACUCAUCCUUUUAGAAUUACUACACAUGUUCAUUGUUCACUGGAUUAUAUGGGAGCUGCCUUCUCUGGCUAUCUAAAGCAGCAUGUAGUGGAUGCCAUUUGGCUCUAUUGUCAUCUGUGGCACAAAACAAUUAGUGUAGUUUAAUACCUGUGCAAAUGAGACCAUCGUGUUUGUCACAGUCUCUGUCAUCGCAGUCACAAAACUCCCCUGAAAUAUACCACUCUUCUGCAGAACAAAUGCACUUUCCACAAUGGCAAGAACCUGAAAUCACAAUGGAUAUUACUGUCACCAGAGAAAUAAAGAUUUCCAUCAAGAAGAGAGUAUCACUGACACACUGACAAUAGGCUUGUAACAACCUAUCUUCUAAAGGUAAAAGUUUAUUGAAUAGCUGCUUUCUCAGAGAAGAGCUUUACGUACUCAAAUACAUAAAGGUCAUUCAGGAAAGCCUUCAUUAUAGAUCUAGACAGUUGCAAUUAGCCUGGAGCAAAUGUUCUUUGGUCCAGUCUGGCUGAAAUGUCAAUGGAACAGGAUGUGGCUCAUCCUUAGAGAUACUCUCCCCCAAAAGGUAUUCAAAAUAGAUGUUUUGUUUGUUCCUUUUUUAAUUGAAUUGCAUUUUAAGUCCUUGUUAUCUAAAGGAAUCCAAUACUAAAUUAUAUUAAAUGAAGAUUCAUUUCGUAAUUUAGUAACAACUAAAUUAUUGAGCUCAUCAUCUUAGAAUUUUAUUUAUAUGAUUAUUUUGAAAUAGGAACACACAAACUUCAUACUGAGUGGCAAAGUGAAGUGUUAAAAAUGCAGAUACAAUCUCUCAUGUCUGAUUGAUGUCUCAGACCUGCCCUUCAGGAUUUUAUCUAUAAUCAGGAAGAGUCCUAAUGAACCCCAAAUGAGGUCCAGUCAAUUUUGCUACCCCUUAUCAACAUUCUUUCUGGUUAUUUCAAUCUAAUUUUAAAACAACAAAAAAUUAGUUAUUAAAAUAUUUUGGGUAACUGAGAAUCUUACUAAUGGAAUAUUUAAGAUAAAAAUAAAUUUUAUGUUAUUUCAAAGAGAAGAAAUUUCUCUUUGUGCAAAUGUCUUUCAAGACAGGCUUGAAAAUCAUGGGGAAAGCUGCUUUUGCCACAGCUAGAAGGACAACUGCAGAAUUCAAAAGGACCUUUUCCAUUUCCUUGCUUGGCCUUUCUUUCUGAACACAAUUUCCUUUUACUGAAAGAUACUGAUAGUUAUCACAGAGUUACUCAAGUCACCAAUCCCUUUGAGAAAAUGUGAAAAGUAAAAGUUUUCAAUGUGGUUAGCAAAACUCCAAACUCAUUAAGCUCUAAAUUCACAGAGGAGACUUGGGAGUGUUCUGAAUUCUUCUCCUGAAAUAGAGUGACUGACUAAUGAUUAACAACCUAGGGGCAGAGAGCAGAAAACCUAGAUUUGGGGAAAUGGACUGACAUGAUACUGUCAUGCAUAUCAUGAAAUAAUUAUAGUUAACGUGUCCCAAGCAUUAAGUGCUAUGUUAGUUCAUGACAUGGAAAGGGUAUAUGCAUUUUAGGUGGAAGGAUCUCCCACAACCAAAUUUCAUUUUGGCCUUUCUCAUCACACAUCUCAAGGCAAGUCAGAACCAGUUGUAAUGGGAGAAUUGUAUUUAUAUUUAUUUUUACUUUUUUGUUAAGUGCAGCACAAUGUCACUUAGUCUUGACUUGUUUGACUGAGAGUCUGGGUUGACUUGCAGACUAUUUAGGGCAAUAUAUGGAGAUCUUCUAUUUUUGUGAAGUGAUUGACAGUGUGGUGGUUGCCUCAGAUCUUACCUGCUGGUUUAGUGGGAAAGACAUAAGGCUCCCCUCAAAUUCUCACCUAGGCAGAGGGUAUCCUCAUUUUAGAAUUAACUUUUUCUUAAAUUUAAAUAUUUUCUUUAAAAUUUAUAGACAUGGAAAUGUUGAACAAUCAAUUGCUUAUUUAACAAAUGCUAGUGAAAUAUCUACAUGGGCACUCUAUUGUCUAUCACAUGUUUAGUGGCUUAUUUCCACCAGAGAAGAAGAUUAACUAUUUGAGGAAUUAAGUAUCUUUUGAUUCUUAUAUAGUAUCUCUUACAGCAGGAAGUUAUUUACACAAUAGAAAUAAAUGAUUUUAUACACUUAAGAUAUUAAUAUAGUCACACCUAGGAUGCCUUUUCAUGUGUAUCAUAAUUCCUACAAAGAGUUUACAUUUCAUCUUUGAACUUAUCUCUUGCCUGGAACUGAUUCUUAUUACUUCUUUUGUUUCUGAAAUGCUUAGCUGCAAAGUAUAGCAAAGUAUUUUCCUGAAAUGAGCACGCUCAGCUAAAGUCAAUGUGGUAUAUGUAGACUGAAUAUUUGACAAGUAAAUUAUAGCUCCAAAUAUAGUAGAUGUCAUAAAAUGUUUAGAAUAAAACUGGGAUUUGAUUUUGUCUAUGCUAUGGAAGUAAUUCGUGGGCACCAUAAUCCAAGGUUUGUUGUUUCUCUGUUGAUGAUUGAGAGGAAAUUCUUCUACUUCCUCCAAAAAUAGGAACAGCAUAGUAUGUAGUAUUAACACAGUGUACAUAGUCCUUAGAACCUAUUAUAGACUUAUUGUAAAGAGCUCUGGUUGUUCUCAUAAAUAACCAAUAAUAGGGGUGGAUUAUCAAUAUCUAGAAAUGGGAAAGCAUGAGAAGAUUCUGUCUAACAAGUAUAAGCUUACUGAACACCUCAAAGUGAGCAACUGUUCAACUCAGCAGGCUAGGACCCAUUCCCACAAGAGACUCAGCCCAGCCAUAGGCUGCAGUUGGCCCAUCUUGUCUGGAACCAUAGAGUGAUAAACUUGCAACCACAACACCACUAACCCAUUUGUUUUCAUUCUCCAAAAUGACUCUUAGCAAUGUCCCCAUUUUUCUUUAUGCUUUUUUCUGGCUUUCAUUAUUGGGAAAAAUUUCAGCUAUCUGUAGAACAUUUCAAAGACCUAAGGAGGAGAAAGAAACAAACUUCCUUUGAAGAAGAUAAUGGAAUAGCAGAAAGGAUGGGGAAAUUACCUCAGAACCAUUCUGAAAACAGUUAACAGACGAUCUCAAUAUGAUUCAACCCACCAGUUAGCCAUCUAUCUGUGAUGAUUGUCACAGCAAAGACAUCCAUGUAAUUUAAUAAAUGAGCAGUUCUUGCCUACAGAUAUGCCUACUAGCAGCCAUACUGGGCAUGACAACUAGGAUAAGCUUGCUCUUGGAAGUAUAACUUUUUUCCAUUCUCUUUUCUGAGGAUAUAGAACAGGGGUAGCUGAGAAACAGAUGGAUGAAUGAGGGUACCUGAACUUAUUAAUGAUGUGGGCGCAGCAAUAUCACUGUGACAGUUUAAGUAUAUAUUUAAAGACUUGUCCCAUAAUGGUACCUCUGACUAUUGGAGUGAAUACUUGAAUCUAAGGUAAUGUUAAGACAAACAUUAUUGUGCCACCAUGGAACCAAAUAAAUAAAUAAAUCCCCAAGCCAAACAACAACAAAAAGCCCUAUAAAUCUCACCAUAUAUUCUGCAAAGGUAGCUAAACUUAGGGGCGACAUGGCCACUAAGCACAUCUCUCUUGGUCAUUUACAAAAACAAUUUCAGUCUGGGGGCAAGGCCCCAUUCCAUUACUGACUUUCUUUUUCAUACAUCAAGCCUGACAAAAUGCUGCAACCUGACACCCAAGCAGGCAGUUUUCACUAUUGUACUAAUGACACCAUCUGUUAUGAAGGUCACAACAAUGUAUCUUGUUUUAAAUUUUUCUAUGGAGUGAUUUAUUGUCUUGGCUAUAAAUUUGUAAGAAAUAAAAUGCUAUUUCUUCAUCGUC